CGGAAGAGAAGAAUUGGUGAUGAAGACGAAGCAGAAGAGGAGAUAAAACGGGAGGAGCUGUGGAAAGACAGUGAGGAAGAUGAUGAGGAGGAAGAAGAGGAGAAAGGACCUGCAGAAGACCCUCUGGCUACGUACAGCCAUCAUCAACUCACAGAAGCCGUAAUUGAGCUGAUGCUGCCUGGAGAAACAGUGGCUGCUGCUCUGAGAAGACUUGGAGGUCUUGGAGGACACAAGAAGAAAGGAAGACUGAGAGAAGGAGAGGAGGAGAAAAAAGAGACUUCGAACAGAGACGCUGAUAAACUAGACAAACUGACAGCAUUGGCAGAUAGACUAGUGGGGAUUGGAGAAUUUGAAAUUUAUCAGCAGACUUAUGAAAAACUGACCUACAAGCUGAAGGGGUUGACUCGAGGAAAGGCAGCCAAAAUGCUAGAGGAGGAAAAAGAUGAUCUAGACAUGUUCGCUGAGGAGUUUGAUGAGAAGCAUGGUGCAGAAAAAGAUGAGGAUAAAGACAACAGCAGAGUGAAUGAUGUGGUCAUGUGGGAAUACAAAUGGGACAAUGAGGAAAACUCUGAGCUCUAUGGGCCCUUCAACAGCCAACAGAUGCAGGACUGGGUGGACGAGGGUUACUUCAAGGAUGGAGUAUACUGUAGGAAGAUUGACCAAGAACAUGCCCCAUUCUACAACUCAAAGAGAAUAGACUUUGAACUUUAUACAUGAUCUGUGGAUGAAUUCUGUUACAGAUUUUAUUUGAUUUCUUCUGCCCAUCUGAGAGGGCUUCUCCGAAUAAUUGUUUACUCUUCAAUAAUUGUCUUUGUUUUAUGAACAAACAUACACUAGAAUGUGCACCUGUGUUUGAUACAUGUGUUUUAAAAUAAAGACUUUAUGGCUGGAUCCAACCUGGUAUUCUGGCUAAUGUUACAGCUAUUCUGACCGGAUUUACAAUUUUAAAGAGUGCUGCUAUUUUACUACACACCAGAUUCAAAAUGCAAACCGCGGGGCGCUACAUAUGCAACUUUGAGGUUCACAUGGGGACAAAGACGACUAUUCGUGGCCUCGCUAUUGGUUGCAAUUCUCCCUCCUGAAACCCAAUUGGCAGAACGUUGACGCUGC